AUGGCGUCUCUCCAGCAAACUCUGUUCUCUCUUCAAUCCAAACUCCCACCUUCCUCAUUCCAAAUCUCCAGAUCUCUCCCUAUGCGUAAGACCAACUUACCACACCGAAUCGGCGGCGGAAACGCAGCCGGAGCGAGAAUGUCAGCAUCGGCCGCCGGAAGUUACGCGAUGGCACUCGCCGACGUGGCGAAACGCAACGACACUCUCGAAUUGACGAGCGCAGACGUGGAGAAGCUCGAGAAAGUAUUCUCAGAUCCACAGGUACUCAAUUUCUUCGCGAAUCCAACGAUAGCUAUCGAGAACAAGCGUCAGGUGAUCGACGACAUCGUGAAAUCAUCGUCGCUUCAGAGCCACACAUCGAAUUUCCUAAACAUUUUGGUCGAUGCGAAUCGGAUUGAUAUAUUGACGGAGAUCGUGAAGGAGUUCGAGAUUGUGUACAACAAGGUAACGGAUACGCAAUUGGCUGAGGUAAGAUCGGUUGUGAAACUGGAACCGCCGCAGCUAGCUCAGAUCGCGAAACAGGUUCAGAAACUGACCGGAGCGAAGAACGUGAGGGUGAAGACGGUGAUUGAUCCAAGUCUUGUGGCUGGGUUUACGAUUAGGUAUGGUGAAUCUGGGUCUAAGCUUAUUGAUAUGAGUGUGAAGAAGCAGCUUGAGGAUAUUGCUGCUCAGCUAGAACUUGGUGAGAUUCAAUUAGCUACUUGA